AUGAAGCUGAAGUUUCCCAACCCAGGCCUGGAUGACAGGAUCCCCACUCAUGCAGACCUGGAGAGGAUGGAGAAAGAGGAGGCUGGAGACAGGCCCAAAUGGGACAACAAAGCCCAGUACCUGCUCACCUGCGUGGGCUUCUGUGUGGGACUCGGUAACGUCUGGAGGUUCCCGUACCUGUGCCAGAGUCAUGGAGGAGGAGCGUUUAUGAUCCCGUUCCUGAUCCUGCUGGUUCUGGAGGGAAUCCCACUGCUGCACUUAGAGUUUGCCAUCGGCCAGCGCCUGAGGAAGGGCAGCGUGGGAGUAUGGAGGUCCAUCAAUCCUCAUCUGAUGGGAGUUGGUAUUGCGUCCUUGCUUGUCUCAUUUCUGGUGGGCCUGUACUACAAUACCAUCAUGGCCUGGAUCAUGUGGUAUCUCUUCAACUCCUUCCAAGACCCUCUGCCCUGGAGCCAGUGUCCUCUCAAUGCGAACGGGACAGGUGUGGUGGAGGAAUGCGCGCGCAGCACCACUGUUGACUACUACUGGUACAGAGUCACUUUGAACACGUCCACGGCUAUCGACGAGUCUGGGGGUCUGCAGUGGUGGAUGGUGGUCUCUCUGCUGGCUGCCUGGACUUUGCUCUAUGUGUGUUGCAUCCGUGGAAUCGAGACCAGUGGCAAGGCUGUGUAUAUCACCUCCACUCUACCAUACGUUGUCCUCACCAUCUUCCUGAUCAGAGGGCUGACACUCAAAGGCUCCACGGCUGGAAUCAAGUUCCUCUUCACUCCAGACGUGAACGAGCUCAUGAAUCCAACAACCUGGUUGGAUGCAGGGGCUCAGGUUUUUUACUCUUUCUCUGUGGCUUUUGGUGGUCUCAUCUCUUUCUCCAGUUACAACUCUGUCCACAACAACUGUGAGAUGGAUGCUGUUCUCAUCUCCAUCAUUAACGGCUGCACCUCGGUCUACUCUGCAACAGUCAUCUACUCCAUCAUUGGUUUCAGGGCCACACAGAAAUUCGAUGAAUGCACUGGAGACAACAUCCUCAAGCUGAUGAAUGCCUUCGACUACCCAGAACAGAACAUCACAGAAAACAACUACGAUACCGUUCUGAAAUACCUCAACCAGACCAGUCCAGACAUCAUCCAAGGACUGGAUUUACAGACUUGUGACAUGAAUAAGUUUCUCAGUCAGGGUGUGGAGGGAACUGGUUUGGCAUUCAUCGUAUUCACUGAGGCCAUCAUCAACAUGCCAAUUUCCCCACUUUGGGCCGUGCUCUUCUUCAUCAUGCUCUUCUGUCUUGGCCUGUCCACUAUGUUUGGGAGCAUCGAGGGAGUGGUGGUUCCUUUGCAAGAUCUGAAAGUCCUGCCUCGAUCCUUCCCAAAAGAAGCUAUCUGUGGUCUAACUUGUGUGAUUUGUUUUGCUAUUGGACUCAUUUUCACUCAGAGCUCUGGGAACUACUGGCUUGCUCUUUUUGACAAAUUUGCCGGCUCCAUUCCCCUGCUGGUCAUUGGAUUUUCUGAAAUGGUUGCUGUCAUCUACGUCUACGGCAUUGAUCGCUUCAACAAGGACAUCGAGUUCAUGGUCGGCCACAAACCCAACAUCUUCUGGCAGGCGACCUGGAGAGUGAUCAGCCCAUUAAUCAUGAUCUUCAUCCUGGUGUUCUACUUUGUGACCCAAGUCACGGGCAGUCUCACCUAUUUCGUCUGGGACCAAGAGGCGGAGGAAUUCCCCACCCUGGCUGGACGUGACUAUCCCAACUGGGUCUACGUCAUCGUCUUCCUCCUCGCCGGAGUUCCCAGUCUCGCGGUUCCCCUCGGCGCCCUCUUCGUGUUCAUCCACAGAAAAUGUUGCAAGAAGGACGACUACAGGGAUGAUAAAGUGGAGACGAUCUCUGCUAAACUGGAAAUGAACGGCAGAACCAAGUUUUAA